CUGUGUGUGUGUGUGUCUCAUCCGUAUAGUUGUGUGUGUAAACGUUUUGCUUUUGUGAUGUUAAAAAAAAGAAUGAAAGAGACAUUGGCCAGGCUUGUGAUGACAGACGACUUUUCCUCAGAUGUCGGUUUUCUUGCCAGUCAGCAGAGCGGCUGGUAAGUGGAAGAAUAUGAGAAGAGGAGGGCAUUUGUGGGUGUGUAUAGCAGAGAGAGAGAGAGAGAGAGAGAGAUUCAGCACUAGAAGGAAUGAGAGCUGCCUUUCAUAGCACAGAGCAGAGACUCAGAGUCCGGCAAAUAGCAAAGCAUUGAGAGCUGUACAGCUGCCAAUAGUUUCAGGCCUCCCAUUCAGACAGCUUAAUUAUCAGCAAGAUUUCCCAUCCUCCCUUGCCCCUGAUAAAGACCCCUCGGCUGGUAUCACUGAUUAUAUUCUUGGCUUAUUGUACAAAAAAACCCUCAAAACCCCAAUCUGUGGUUGCGUUCAAUCUGGAGAUCAGCCUGUAAUCCUUUCCAUCGCUCUGAGGACCAUGGCAAGCCACCACAACGGCCCUCAGUGUGCACCUGGGAUUCUUGCUGGUUGCACACACGCCUUCUAAUCCAAGUGAGGAAAGUGGGGGGGGGGGGAGUAUUUGGAAGCAGAAAAAUGUUUGCUGCUUCUGGCCAGUGUUAAAAAAGAGCGGAGUGUGUGCAUGUUUCGAGGGGUGCAUCCAUUCUCUCUACCUGUGAAUCAAAGUGAAAACUUAGAGCUAUGGAGUCACCUACAAAGGAGAUCGAAGAAUUUGAGAGCAACUCUCUGAAAUACCUUCAGCCGGAGCAAAUAGAGAAGAUAUGGCUUCGUCUCCGAGGACUGAGAAAAUAUAAGAAAACAUCACAGAGAUUACGAUCUUUGGUCAAGCAGCUAGAGAGAGGAGAAGCUUCUGUUGUUGACUUGAAAAAGAACUUGGAAUAUGCAGCUACCGUACUUGAAUCUGUAUACAUUGAUGAAACCAGGCGUCUGUUGGAUACGGAAGAUGAGCUCAGUGAUAUCCAAUCUGAUUCUGUGCCCUCGGAGGUACGGGACUGGCUGGCGUCCACCUUCACACGGCAGAUGGGGAUGAUGCUCAGAAGAACGGAGGAGAAGCCCAGGUUCCGAAGCAUUGUCCAUGCAGUGCAAGCUGGGAUAUUUGUGGAGAGGAUGUACAGGCGAACAUCCAAUAUGGUUGGACUUAGCUACCCACCAGCAGUGAUUGGAGUGCUAAAGAAUGUAGACAAGUGGUCUUUUGAUGUUUUUGCACUGAACGAUGCUAGUGGGGACCAUGCACUGAAAUUCAUUUUCUAUGAAUUGCUCACGCGCUAUGAUUUGAUCAGCCGCUUCAAGAUUCCAAUUUCUGCUCUAGUCUCCUUUGUUGAAGCUCUGGAGGUUGGCUACAGCAAACACAAAAAUCCGUAUCAUAACCUAAUGCAUGCAGCCGAUGUCACACAGACUGUUCAUUACCUCCUUUUUAAGACGGGUGUAGUGCACUGGUUAACCGAGCUGGAGAUCUUUGCUAUGAUCUUUGCAGCUGCCAUCCAUGACUAUGAGCACACUGGAACCACCAACAACUUCCAUAUUCAGACACGGUCAGAUACAGCCAUUCUUUAUAAUGACCGGUCUGUGCUGGAAAACCACCACCUUAGCGCAGCUUUUCGCCUUUUGCAAGAUGAUGAAGAAAUGAACAUUUUGUCUAACCUCUCCAAGGAUGAUUGGAGGGAAUUCAGGACUCUGGUGAUUGAGAUGGUGCUGGCGACAGAUAUGUCCUGUCACUUCCAGCAAAUCAAAGCCAUGAAGAAUGCAUUGCAGCAGCCAGAAGGAAUUGACAAACCAAAAGCCUUAUCACUGAUGUUGCAUACGGCCGAUAUCAGUCAUCCCGCCAAGGCAUGGGAUCUCCAUCAUCGCUGGACCAUGUCAUUGCUAGAGGAGUUCUUCAGACAGGGUGAUAAAGAAGCAGAAUUAGGGCUUCCUUUUUCCCCUCUGUGUGAUCGUACGUCCACUAUGGUUCCUCAGUCUCAAGUAGGCUUUAUUGAUUUCAUUGUGGAGCCCACUUUCACUGUAUUGACUGACAUGACAGAGAAGAUUGUAACACCUCUCAUCGAGGAAGCCUCUCAUUCUGGCAUGACAGGGUUUAGGCGUUCCAGUCUGAACAGCAUUAGCUCCUCAGAAGUUAAAAGAUCAAGUGUCAAGAGCACUGGGUCGGAAGGAAGUGCCUCACUCAAUUGUUCCAUACUCACUGUGGACUUCAAAUGUUUUAAAAACACCUGGACUGAAGUGGUACAGCAAAACCGGGAAAAGUGGAAAGCACAAGCAACCAAAGAAGAAAAAGCAAAGAAAGAAGCAGAGGAGAACUCUCCGCAGGAUGCAGAUGAAAAGAGAACAGAUGAAAACGAAGGGAAAAAAGCAACAGAUGAAACCGCUGCCUCCAAAUCCGAAAAUAGCAAAGAAGGGAAUUCAGGCGAGAGCAAGAGCACAGAAGCCAGUAAGAGCAACGUCAAUGGGACUCGCCAAACUGGUGUUAAUAAAAAUAACUCUUCUCAAGGGAAAAACGUAACUCGGACGGAAAAGGAGACAGAUCCCAGUUCAACAGGUAGAGACCAGAAACGGCAUGUACAGAAUGGUGAAUUAAAGGAUGAUAAGAAGUCAGACAAGAAAGAUCAGGGAAAAGAGUUAAAGCAGUCAGAGGAUACAGAAGAGUAAAAAAAAUUACAUAUAAUCAAAAAGAGACUGCAAAUUUCUUUCAUCAUUUUAUCUGAUCUCCAUUCUCCUCCUUCCACAAAGACCAGUUUCUGGGGAGGGCAUUAUGCAGGUUUCCACGCCGCUGUUUCAUUUUUCCUCCUUCCACUGGCUACUUCACAGUGAAUGACUCUUAAGGCUUUCACUCUGGGACAUUUUUCUUCUUCUUCUUCUUCUUCUUUGCCCUUAGCAAAAUGAUGAUUAUUAUUUUUUGGUGGGGGAACUGGCAAAUCGAGCUAACGUGAGACUUUCCAAUGCUACCGCUAGGCCUGGCUUGUGAAAAACACUCUGAUGUGGUGAAGCAGAGAAUUGACCCGCAUGUGGAAAAGAGUCUCUCGAAAUAUUGUUGUUUCCAUGAAGCAUUGAAUUGUCUGUCCAAUUUAAGCUGCAAUUAAGAGUGCUGUUUGUUUUGUUUUUUAAAGGAAAUCCAGCUAUUUUACAAAUAAGCAAAUUGCUCAAUUCCUAGAAAGCUUUAUAGUAUUUUUCACAAAAAAAACCAAUACAUACUAUAGAUUUCAUCUGCUUGAUGGCUCCUUGGUUUGUAAUUGUGCCUCACUGCGUCAGUUUUGUAUGUAGAACAAAUGCUUCUCAAGCUCCGAUUGAAUGUGCCGUUUUUGACAUUUUCUGUAAUAGGCAGAUUUCAAAUAAGGCCCUUCUGCCACCUGAUCACUGCUGUUGAGGUCAAGAAAAUGGCAUGUUCCUCUUAGAGCUCUUAUUGAUGAAUGAAGUGAUAGAAGAGGAAAUUGAAUGACAGAGCAUCAUGAGGAGGCACCUAAGUCUUGUCAGUAUUUGCACACCAGAGGGCGUUGCAGCCCCUAAAAUACUUUCAGGUGAUGCUGCCCCCACAUAGGAGCUUUGGGAGUUUGCAGAAUAGUGAGCCCUAUCUACAAUAGCAUGGCACUGCAACCUCUCACUUCUUGUCAGAUGUCCCAGAAAGAAUUUCUGCUCCUUCCCCAGCUCUGAUGUAUGGCACAUUAUAAUGCUGACCUCAGUCUGUAUGGCAACUCCAUUGGCACUUGUGCUCUUCAUUGUGAUUGACAGUCCAGAGCAAUACAGUUUCGUUUGAAAGACAACCUUUCAAGUCCAAUGGGAUUUUGGUCUCGUUUAUACAAAAUGUGUGCAAAAAGUAUGCAUGCAUGCUGAGGUCCAUGCUGCUUGAUAUCUCAGGCUAAGGAUUCUUUAUCCAAGAAUUCCCAUUUUCUCUGCAGCAAUUACAUGCAGGGGUGGCUUUUUUCUGGAGCAUAGAUAGUGGUUUUGUGAGUGGUGCACUGGAAAGGGACAGCAUACAGAUCACAAACAAUUCAUUGAUAAUGCCAAGUGAUACCCAUUUAAAAUGUGUUUAUUACGCAGAUAUGCACUUACACAAAUUUUCUCAUGAAAACUCAGGGUGGAAAAUAGUUCCAUUCCGGUUUGGAGAGCAGUAAUUUAGAAUUAGUGUGUUGUGCAAGGUGCAUUGAAUCUUUGAAUUCAGCUAGUGAACGCCAGAUGUUCCCAAAAGAUCCAGUUUGAUGGAAGAGUAAUUGGAUCUAACACUAUAAUCUCAGUACAACAGGAAUAGAUUUAUUUGCUUACAGCUUGCUCUUAUGCACAUUUAUUAAGAACUGACUCACUUCACGGUGGCUUCCUCCAAAUUAAAUAGCCAUAGGAUCUCUCUCUCGCACACACAUGCAUUCUACAGUGCAGGUUUAGAAUGAAUUCAUAUUUCAUUGUUUCUUCUUUUAGUUGGAAGAGUCAAACACUACUCUUUACUAUCUUGAGCUUUCAGAAGAGUAUAGAAACACAUAUAUUUUUAUCCAGGCUAUUUGUAUUUUUUCACAUACUUUUUUUAGCACAAAAAGGCCAGUUAUUGGAGAGCUUGUCUAUUUCUCUGUUAACCCAUACAAAAAUGCUGGAAGCUUUCUCUCUUCAGAUUCAAAAUCAUCCAAUAAUACAUGAGCCAGAGCCCGUCUCUUUCAGAAAUAGUUUUAUUUGCACAGUUAAAAGUAUCAGGUCAAGAUUCUCUGUGGAAGUAAAAGGAUGAUGCGUUGGGGCAUCCCUUUCAAUGUCUCCUUUAAUUCUUCUCCGCCCACUGGCACCCUCUUGGGGCAGGGCUUGAUGGGUAUGGGAGUUGCAGAUAGAAGACAAAUGUUUUCCCUCUGAAUUUUCUGCUGCUAUCUUCACUCAUCUCAGGUAAGGAUUUUCAUUGAUAUCCUCCUUUUUUAUUCACUGGCCUUAUUAUUCUAUGUCUUUUGGCAUAUUACUUUGGGUGGUGGAGAUUGUGGCUGGAAGUAGGAGUUUUUGUGUGCUCUGUUGUUCUUUCCACAAUCUUAGCUACGUAUAGAAGAAUUUUCUGCCACAGAUUCUAUAUGUAGCCUUGUGCUGGUCAUCAUUUCUAUUCCUCCCUAUUCCCCACCUGUAAACUGGAAUAACAUUGUGACUUUUGGCAUGGAUGUUGUGAAGAUAGGUAUGGUAUUUUCCUGAGGAAGCAGCAUUUAUUUCAGAAGGCAUCACUGUUAAUUCUUUCUUUGUCUUAGGAGAGGGAAGCAGGGCACAGGGUUACACUGCUUGAAAUAUGAUAUGGGGCAAUCUUUCAUUUCUUCUUGGUCUGUGAUCCAGAAGUCUUGGAUAUUACCCCUAAGCACUUUUUGAACAAAAUUACAGAGGUUGAAGGAUUUUCAGCACAGGCCACAUGGCUUGGCCUUGGGCAAAUCACAGGCUUGUAUCCAACCUCCAAAUGUGUGGCCUUUCCAUUUGAAAAGGGGGAAGGCAACUUUUAUACCAAUUCUCCCCUAAUACUGCAGACUUCCGCUUUGGUCCCUGUUUGGAUACCAAGUGUCUGCUGACCCCAGGAACAAAAUAGGGGGCUACAGUGGGAGAAGGAAUUAGAAAAGUCCGGCUCUUCAAGAAUUACCACUCUUUGGAUAAAAGCCAGUGUCUUUUAGUCUUGGUUACUUAUCUGUAAAUGGAAAUUAACAGUCAUGUACUAUGACUCACCAUACCUGUGUAUGAAUUUCAUCCCAUGCCGUCAUUGUCUGGUUUGGGGCUCAACCUGUUGUACAGCCAUUGGAUAUAUAUGGGAAUAAACUUGUGAUGAUCUCAAGAGCAUUUUGAAAGCAACCAUGAUUGGCAUGGUGGGGGGAGGUACUUUGUUGGAGUGUGAGUGCAAUAUUAUAUUUACCCCAUACUUCAAUGGAAGCAGUGGAAGCAGUGAAUAUGGUUGGAAUGGCCAGUUUGGCCUUUCCUAGAUUUGCCAAAUAUGGCAAUGUUUUUUUCCCUCUGUUGGGCCGAGAAGGUUUUUCUUUAAAAAUACAUAUUGUUUGUCCCUAUUAACCAGAUCACAAUGGUCUUAAGAGCAUCCAUCCCGCCCAGCAACCUCCUUCCCAUCAAGGCCAACAAGCUGCUUCUGGAAGUCCUACAAACAUGGCAUGGAGCCCCAGUAGUAUAUCAAUUUGGAGGGCAACAUCUUACACUUAUAUACCACUCCCCCCCCCCUCAAAAAAACCCAUGUUGAGGCUGGCAAAUCAAUUGGGAAACAUUUCUUCAUAAAGAACAAACAUUUUAAUUAUACUGUAUACUGAUCAAAAUCUUGUUGAUAAAUAAUGUAUAACAUUCUUGAGAUUAUAAUACAAAAUCUUCAUAUUGCUUAACAAUGUGUGCUAUACAUACAAGAGAGUUUCCCAGCGAGCAAUUUGUGCUACAAUGGUCUUAUAAGCAAUGCUGGCCUCCAACUACCAGGCACAGAAAAAUCUCUCUUUUAUGUAUAUCACACAUUGUUAAGCAAUAUGAAGAUUUUGUAUUUAUUCUGGUUCUUUAGUUUUUGUAUUAUAGCUGUUCCCGCCCUUUUAACUACCCAUUGUGUUGCCCUGCAUCUGUUUUUGUUAUAGCUGCAUGGUACUACAUCCUGCUGUGUUGGUUCAGUGCUUAAAUAGUGAAAAAUACAGCUGGAAGUCAGUGGCUGUUAAUGUGUGUUACAUCUAAGUUGGUACUUCUGGGAAUCAACUAGUUUUUUCAAAAAACCAAACAAAAAACAACAAUACAAAAAUACUUAGUUUGUUCCUAGUGUGCAGGAGCACAAUGUUGAUUUUCCAAACAGGCAGUACUUCUUUCUAACAAAUACGGUUUCCUCUUUGUUCUGAGUCUGUACAGAGAGAGAGAGAGAGAGAGAGAGAGAGAGAGAGAUUGUAGGGUUUCUGAAACUGUCUAACAACUCAUUGCAGGUGGCCAGGAUGCUGAGAUUUUAAUUGAAUGCUCAGAAUCCACCAGGCUGUAGUAGUUCUAGCUUUUGGUAGGGCUGUGCUGAUGUUUUCCUGUACUGCUGCAAAAGGCUAUGUAAAGUGCAUUCUCUACUCCAAGUUUCCAUUGAUCUCUGCCUGAACUGGCAAUUGGCAACUGAUCUCAACCUUUCUUGGAUCAAGUGCCAAUACUUGAUUGGGUUCUGAGCUCAGCAAGUGCCCAUCAGAUUCGGCCAGGUUUUAUCCACUGGGGCAUUGGCAAGGAGUAUGCAACCAUAAAUUGGAUGACUCUUUUAGUGUCAAUUUUCUUAUGUUUUACUUCCUUUGCCACAACUGCUCCUAUUUAUCAUGGAUAGCCCCUAUUUUUUGAUUACCUAUCCCUGCUACAUUGCUGUCACUAUUUUGUUCCCAGUUUGGUCUUACAAAAAUUUCCACUUUUAAAACUUCAGUGUAGUUUCCUAUAUUUAUCAGGCAAUAUAAUUCAGCUGUCUCCUCGGAGUCACUGGAAGUUAAAUUUUGAAGUGGAAAUGAUGCCUCUUGGUUCAAGUACAUAUUCUGCAUGUCAUUUCUUGCCCUGCAGUUCCUGGAGUAUAUUUUGAUCUAUGGAUAAAUUACUGUUGAACAAUUAGAGUUUUCAUUAAUCCACAUAAAAACCAAUGUUUGUUUUAGGAAGAUGCAGCAGUGCAGAGGAAGGGGAUCAAGCAAUGAAAUAUGGAAGGCCAUGUUGUUGCUUUUUGGGUGAAAUAGCAAGCUAAGUUUGAAUGGUGUCUCUCAAAAAUCUGUACAGGCGGCACUAAACAAUCUGGACUCACUCAAGUCUUUUUGUAAUGCAGGUAGAAAAUCCACCGUGACACUCUAAUUCACCGCUAUCUAAAUAAGCCCAAAGCUGCACAAAUCAGUGAUAGUACUGUACUAUGCCCUCUCCAGCUGCAGAUGCAGGGAUCACUUGAUUGGGUCUCCUCUGUACAGAAAAGUCUUUUUGUAGGUUUUAAAUUCUAGCCUACUCUUCUUCCUGAAAUGCUAGUUUUCUAUGUAUGGGAAUUUUUUCAAAAUGAGGGAGCAUUUAAACAUGAAAUUCUCUAUAUUUUAUAUGAUCAAGAACCAUCUAGGGCCUAGGCACAGUUCUAUCAUAUGAUCUGCUGUUUACAUGUAAGGUAUUGAAGCCCAAGUCAUCUUGGAGUAGAAGUUGCAAUGUUCAAAAUUACCUUUAACAGGUGACUGUCUGAAUGUACAUAGGUAUCCAACAGCGCAAUCAUAUACCAAGUUACUUCAACCUGAGCCCACUGAAAUCUGUAGGCUGUUACUGGAGGAACUUUUCAUAGGAUUGAACUAUAAUAAAAUCUGUGAUGGGCAUUUGGGUUGUCUAGUGAUUAUUAUUAAAGGUAUAGUGGAGUGAAAUUUUCCUUUUCUUUUUGCCUGGAUAAUAUUUUUAUACUCUUUUAUAUACAGUUUUUAAAAACACUUUGCUACUUUUAUUUGUAGAGGCUCAGUUCUCAGAGCACCUGUUUGCUUGCAAAACCAAAAUUAUCCAUGCCCUGUUUUUCUUCUGUUUGUCUCUUUUUUUUGCUUCUUUCUCAUCUCCCCUGUUUUUAAUAGAAAGAGACCAUUGACUUUGCUACAUAAGAGAAAUAUUCACAUGAGAUCUCAUAAGCUCAGUAUGUCACAUUGAAACAACAGACCCAUGCUCUUUUUUGUGCCAGAAAGAAUUGAUGUUAGAUACUGGAGAAAAUAUGUAAGGUGUGGAUAUGAUGUGCACAGGUUGUCUCUUUGUAUUAGUGGUAUCUUUUUCCAGAUACCAGGGUUACAUCCUUUAUAAUGUUGCGUGUCUCACUUGUCCUUAUUCUCUUGCAUUAGAUGAGUAAAAAAGUGGAAUAAUAAUACAAAAACAGUGUAAUUUGUAGAUUUAGAAGAAAGAUUAGUUAUCUUUUAAACUAAAAUUCUGGAGGGAUAGCCAUAUUAGUAUUUUGCAACCAAAUGAGAGAGGGUAGUAGUACCUUAAAGACAGAUUUAUUGUGAUGUAUGCUUUCAUGGAUUAGAAUCCACUUCCUCAGAAGCAUCACAUUUGUCUUCAGGACACACAAUCAUAGUGGGAGAAAACGUAAAACAAAUGAACAGGCAAUCAAAUGCAAGAGCAAAAUUCUACCUCUUGAGUUAUCAUUGCCUUUUGAUUUCAUUAUUUAAAAUGUUUUUCUUCUAUUUCUCUCUCUCUCUCUCUCUCUUCUCUCUCUCUCUCUCUCUCUGUUGUGUGUAUAUGUGUGUGUUACUUACCUACACAUGCUAUAAUUCAUACAUCCAACAUAGUGGCUUCUAGUCUGUGACAACUUAUGCCUCAUUCAAUCUGUUUUUCAGAUGCUACACAACUCAUGUCUUUUUAACUAUGUCACUUAUUGCAAUCGCUCUAAAGUUAUGUUGACAGCACUGAGUCCCAAUGAAUCUAUGGAGAAAUUAACCCAGUCUAGGUGCACUGAUCUUGUAAAAUAAUUUAUCCUAACUUGGUACCGUGCACAAAUCUAAACACAUUAUUGAUUUUUUUUCUUCAUUAGCUAUAAUUUAUGAUGGAGAUAUCUCUAUUGAACUCAGCUGAGAGCCGUUUCACACACCCAGUAGGUAGAGGCAAAUCUAGGUUUGUGAUCAGAUACUUAGCAGGAAACUGAGUAGUGUAUUGGGGUGAUGCAGACAUUUGAAAAACAUGUGUAUCACAUUCAUAAUCAGGUGUAUACAAAGGCUUAAGCAAACAAAGUAAAUUCAUUAUUUACAUGCCAUUUUUCAAUUAAAUUUUGAGGUUGAUUUUGUCCAUUCUGCUUCUUUGCUAAACAAGUCAGAUACUCAAAGAAUGUACUGAUUAAUAUAUAUAUCAGGGUUCUUAUGACUAAAAUUACUAAAUUUAAUUGACUGGUGAGUAUGCAGUGCUGAUGGUUCUCAACGUUCUGAGAAUUAUUUGAAUCAAAAUAGUUAUUGUAACAUUUUUAAUUGAGAAGAGGAGGUAUGGUCAUCUCUACAUGUGUAAUACAAUUUCCCGGCUUUUCAAUUUUUGUGUAAACGAGUUCAUGUAUGUUCAUCUUAUUACCAAAUAAAAGCAAUGAGAUCCACUUGA